UCCUAGUUCCUAACGAAUUUUGCAUUUUAUCCAAUUCUACCUAGUUCUAACUAUACAAUUUUAACAAAAUGUUUUGAAAAUGAAAUUCUAACAUAUUGACAUUUUACGAUGUAUUUUAAAUACAUUAUGUAUGUAUUAUCGAAUUCGUUUCUUAAUGCAACAAUCAAUGUAGGUAUCUACAGAAAGUACCUAAAUUAAUAGAUUUGUUAAUGGAAAACGUGCAGUUUGUUUUCUUAUCGUGUUAAACUAAAACACAUAAAUGAGCACUAAAGUCGAAUUUACAAUAAAACAAAAGACUUCUCACGAUACCAAAUGGCUGAACAUAGAGCUUCACGAGGCAUUGGGUGAAAACCACCUUACCAAUUAUUGGAAUGAAAUGUUGGAAGAUUUUGAACUAGUUCCUGUAGACAAAAGCCAAUCGCAUCCUAAGAAAGAACUUACUGGAAAUCAUUAUAUUAGACUCUGGGCUCCGAACUGUCUUUGUAAUGACAAAGUGGACAAAGUGUGCAACUGUAUUACUUGUAAAUCGUACGAUAUCAAUGAAAUAUGUAACUCCAAGCAUAUAUUUGAUUCUAUUGUAUGGAAAUCUAACUGCAGUAAAGAUGAUAUCAUCUCAUUAAUAUCAAGUUUUGCUGCUGAACAAGAAAAACUUUGUGAGGAUAUUUGUUAUUCGACUUUGUUUUUUAAUCGCACUCAAUUACGAAUAGCUAUUGCGUCUCGUUACUUCGGAGCUUUUUAUAGAAGCUCACAUCAUCAGCACAGUACAAAAGCACAGACAAGUUUAGCACCAACAGAAAAUUUUUCUUCUGUUCCUAAAACAAUUAAUGAAAGUAUUAUAGAUGAAGGAAAAGAUUCUAUAUUUGCUAAAAUAGGUACACAAACUGCAUUGAACUUCUCAUUUGGAUUUCUAGUCAGCACAUGGCAAUCGGGAUAUAAUUCUGAUCUGUGCACACAAAUGCUUAAAGAGUCAUUGACAGCAUUACAAUGCGUUCCUGAAGAGUUCCUAUUAGAUGAAUAUAAUAUACCUAUGUUUUGGAUUGAGACUUUAGAACGGUCAUCAAAGUUCCUAUUUCAAGUUGUUAGCGGAAAUAUAAUUGUAUCAGAUAAGGAAAGCAUUGAUAAAAUACCUAAUAUUGACCGUCAAAUUGCUUUGUGUCUUUUAUUGGAACUUGGCUUACAAAAAAAGUCAUUGAGCCAACUAUUACAGUGUGUGCUUAUGUUUUUUGAAUUAGGAGCCUGUUGUGACAAACUGGGUGGUAAAUAUCUUAAUAACUCAUUAACAUUGACCCUACGACGUUUGAAUUGGAUUGUAACUAGACUUCAGGGAGACACUAAUUUCAAUACAAGUGGUACUAAUGAGGGAAUGGUUACAAAAAGUUUUUUAAGAUUGCACGGUGACUCUGAACCUACUGGAAUGAAGCAAACAGCCGUUACGGUUUUAUCAUAUUUAGAUCAGAUUGCAUCUACGUAUUUACAACUACAACAAACUAAUGAGAUUAAAAAUAAAAAUCAUAUUGUACAAUAUUGGGGUAAAGAAUUUAUUCCUGAAACCAAGAAAAAAGUUACUUCUACGCUUGAAAAUUUACUUGUCGAAGCAGUAGCAUGUUCAAGAAAUGAAUUAUUAGUCGUUACCACAAGUGGAAAAUUGCAUUUUAUUAGUUAUUCAACAGAUUCUACGAAUUUUGAAGAAAAACAAAUAUUAAACGGUCCUGUCAAAUCGGUUGAUGUUUUUGAAGAAACUUAUAUGGCAGUCACUAAAAAUGGAGAACUUUAUUCAUGGGGCCUUAAUGAGUUUGGCGCUCUAGGUCACAGUCAAAAAUAUCUUGCUAUUAUAAUGCCAGAAAAAAUUGAAGUUCUUUCUAAAAUAAAAGUUGAAAUGGUCUCGUGCGGUAAAGAUUUUAGUGCUGCUGUUACUGAAGACGGCAAAGUGUACAUGUGGGGUAAAAUAUACGAAGACAAUUGUUGCUAUACUCCGGAAUUGGUUAAAUCUAUAUCAGAUAGACACAUAUUACAAGUUUCUUGUGGAGCAUCUAUUACUAACACUUUAGCUUUAUCUAGAGAAGGUUAUGUGUUCUCAUUUGAAUACAGAAAUAACAAAACUGGGCUUGAUGAUCAGUCGUUGAGUGUAAUACCCAGUAUGAUUGUUUUUGACUAUGAAAUUAUAUCAAUCUAUUGCCGCUAUGAUAUGAAAGCUGUUAUUGAUUGUGGUAACAAUGUAUACACUUGGGGUAAUAGUGACCAUAAUCAGUUAGGUCAUGAUAAUUCAUUUCGAGUUAAUCGGCCUAAAAAAGUGAAGUAUUUGAAUGGUAAAAAAGUAGUAUCUUUAUCUAUAUCUGAGGGUUAUACUUUAGCCUUGACGGCCACAGGACAAGUGUAUUGUUGGGGUAAAUUAGACAAUGAAAAUACAACCCAUUGCAGGCCAGUAAAAUGUCUUGCUAAUAAACAAAUUAAAAAAGUAGCCGGUUGCUCAAAUCAAUUUUUUGCUUGGUACAAAUAUCAGGAAUUUGAUGUCGGAACGUGUACGCCGUUUGUUACCGACUUACAAAUACAAACGCUGAAUUCAUUGGAAAAACUUUUAUGUAAUGAAUUUGAUGAAUAUAAACAGUAUAUUGAUUGGCCUCCCUCUCAUCAACAAGAAUGUGUAAUAAUAUCUGUACUACAUUUGCUCACAUUACAAUUUCAUUCAAUGAUAAACAACCGUGUGAGUGCCGAUACUAUUGGACUCGUAAGAAAUUCUAAAUUAUUACUUAGUAUACGCCAAUCAGUUACUGAAUUAGCGUCAAAUCCUAAAGUUAUAAAAACUAUAAAAGUUGCUGCGCAAAAAGCUUUAGAAAUAGGAUGGCUAAAACUAUUUCAAACGCCAAACGAGCGAGCUAAAAUGUUGUGCACAAUACUUCAGCCACUGACUUCGCCCAACGACGAAACCCAAGUGAUAAGCGGAAACCAAGAAUUUAUGAUAAAUCUUACAACAAAUAGUUUACUUGGUGACGAUAUUCUUCUUACGUUUUUAAAAAAAGCUAUUGAACAUGAAGAGAAGAAUAAUGUUGAAAUAUCUAAUCAAAAUUUCGAAGGAACAAAUAUAUCGUUGUAUUUUAUUGUUUCUCAACUACUUAACAAUUAUUUUACAAGUCUUUCAACCCAAAUACACACUGUGAAGUUACCUACAAUUAAUUUUAAACAGUCACCGAGUCUUAAAUUUAUAAUAACAUUUCAACGACUUAUAAUUAUGGCAAUAUAUUGUCAUAAGAAAACUAAAGACGAUAAAACUCAUGACAACCAAGAUGUGUACAAUAAUGGUGCCGAAUUACUUUUUAUGAAAUAUUUAAAACAUUUCAUUAAGCGAGCUUGUCAAGCAAUUAGAUUGGCAACUCACAUUGCCGAUCGUAGCACCAAACAUUAUCAUAUUGUUAUUAAAAUCAUUAGCAUUACAGGAUUUGAUAAAUUAUUCAUGGAACUUUUAAUAAGUUUGAUAAUGAUUCAUCAAAAAACUCCAUUAUUCAUGCGACAUGUAAAUUGGUUUGGUCUUUUCAUGCCUUUACUUAAUGCGCUGGAUGAAUUUAAUAUGAUGACUCCCGACUUAGAACGAGAAGAAGACGAUAAUUUGUCUUGGCCAGGAUUUUCCAAUUAUACGUGUAAUACUUGGUAUAAAAAUACAGAAGACGUUGUCCUAAUACGUAAGGCAGACUUGGAAAAUCAUAACAGGAAUGGAGGACAUUGGGUCGUUUUCAAUAAAAAAGUUUAUGACCUUCAAGAUACAAGAUCUAAUGAGAGUAAUUAUUCGUUUAACAAUUUAUUACACUCGUCGUCUAUUUACGAGCACGUAUUAACCGAAAUUCCUGAGGGAACAUUGCAAUCGUGCUUUGUUGGAAAUUAUUUAGAUCCUGAUGACGAUAUAGUCGAGCCGAUUGAUUCAAACGUAACGGAAUCGCUAUUGCUUGACAUUCAUCGAACUUUGGGUUACUUGUUAGGGCUUCAUUCACAUUGGCUCACCACUCUAUGCCCUUCGUUUGCUAAUUACAACAACUAUCAAAAUUGGUCUCAAAUUCUUAACGCUGGACUUAAAGACAAUAAAGACAUUGAUUAUGAUGAGUGCGCAAACUUUUUAUUACAAAUAUCUAAAGACAAUUCUAAAUCAGUCGAUAGUCAUAUUCAGUACAGUGCAGAUCACCCUGUGGAAGAGUUGAUUCAGACUCUUGCCAAAGUGUUGGUGAAACAUCUAAAUCUAAAAACAAAUAAUAUUUUCGAAAAAGAUAAAUCAAUACCAUUUGAUGUUAUUGCUAAAAUAUUCAGUCAAAUAAAAAUGCAAAUUCUCAAAACCAAACAGGAUAUGAAUCUAAACUACCAAGAAGUGUGUAAUCCGAUUUUGGAACGAUGCAGAUUUUUACUUAACGAGCUGAAUCCUAUUAUGUCUCCUAAAGUCACCGUUGCUGAAAAAUUACCAAUUAUAAAAGUCGAAUCCCGUUGGCAAACUGUUAUUAAUUCUGUAGUUUCCAGCAUUAAAACCAAUAAAAAUGUUAGAAAUCACAAAGCUCGGAAUCAACAUUUACCAUUACAAAAUGAUGAGGAUUUAUCCAAAAAUAAAUAUACAGUCAAACCAAAAUUGAUUAAAAAACAUUCAACUUCUAAAUCAUCAGAAAAUGGCAAGUCUAUGAAGUUAAAAAAUUCAUCCAAAAUAGAUAUAGAGAAGAUAAAAGAAAAACGUACUGAUACUACUAACAUUAUUUAUUCAUUUAUAUUGUCAAAUGUCGAUAUUCAUGAACUACAAAAAUUGUUGCAUACAGAAAUUGAUAGGUGCAAUUCGCUACAAACCGGUUAUGAAUUAAUAUGCAAGUUGUUCAAAAACUCUACAUCCAUCACCUCUGUAAAAUACAGUAUUAUAUCGGGUUGGUUGUCGGCAACGCCCAACUGUCCUUCAGCUAGAAUCAAUAACAAAGUGGAAUUUGUGUCGGUACCGCUAAAACUCAAGUUACUCAUUGCUAAAUGUGAAUUCAUGAGAUGUGCUUUAGACCAAAUCAAACAGCUCAGCACCGAAAUAGGUGAAAUCCAGAAGUCGAUAAGCCUUCGAGACAAAAUAGCUACUGUGAAGAAAAUGACCUGGUGCAGGUUUGCUAUCGCGAUAUUUGGAUCCAUCACACAUAUUUUAAAUGGUAAAGAGUCUAGUCUUUUGAUCAACUCCAGCGUAUUAACUGCCAUCAACUCUAUUAUAAAUGUAUUGGACUUUGCUCCAAAACGUCAGAUUGAAAUCAUAACUACUAAACAAGUUAUUCACGAAGAGGACUUGAAUAAAAUUAGAUGCGUAAAGGGAGCCGAAAUCAUACCCUAUUUAAAAUUGGGAGCGAGGGUCGUUCGAGGAGAAGACUGGAAGUGGGACAAUCAAGAUGGUUCACCGCCGGGAGAAGGCCAAAUCGUUAGCAAAGUCGGUGAUGACGGUUGGGUUAGAGUCCUUUGGGAUCACGGUGUGUCUAAUUCUUACAGAAUGGGCAAAGAGGGUAAAUACGAUUUGAAACUUGCACCUGGUUUGGAAACCGGUGAUGAAGAAGAGUCAGAUUGCAAUGUAUCUUGUAUAAAUGACAUUGAUAUUUAUGAAAAUUCAAUGGACAGUCCGUUUGAAGUACUAAAAUAUGUGAUAAUUAAAUUUCUUAACUGCUUAGCCUUAUCGAGUGCAGUAUUUUCAUCUAACAACAAUAGCUCUGUGCAAAUUCUGUCUAAAUAUUACUACAAUACAUUACAGAAGAGCUUUUCAAACAACAGUGUUUCAUCAAAUGCUAUUCUUUUCAACUCAGAAUGGAUCAACAUUCCAUUAUUGAAAGUUAUAACAUCAGUUUCGGAAGGAUUUAAACAACAAUUAUCGAGCAAACAAUGGAUUGAUAUGCUUUUGUCAAUUGUCUCUCAAUCUCCAGUGAAUUUUUCUAAUCUCACGGCUCAAGUACAAACUAUACAAUUAAUCAAAACCCUGGUUAUGUCGCAAACUGCUGAUUCGUCCACUACUACAGCUGUUGUGGAAAUUCUUAUGGAAGUUAUUGGAUCAACAGUCUUACAAAACAAUUCCAAAUAUGAUAUUAUAGAUGGAAAACCUUCAGUACCUUUAACUGCUUCUUGUCUGAACACAAUUGCCGAAGAAUGUAUUUUGUUAUUACGUUGCUUGUACAAUAAUAAUUUAAAGCAAACAAGUAUCACUAAUUUACCAUCGUACUUUGAUUCAUUGAUCGUUCUAAAUUUAAUAUCGGCCACUGACUAUUUAACUAAUCCAACACUCGAGAAAAACCCAUUUAUAUCACAUGGAUUAUCUAACAGCGCUAUGGCAUCGCUAAUGAUUAUUGGAGGAUACGACAAUCGUCCUAGGAUUGGAGGAAACAUAUUCAUUAAAGGGAACAGCGAAGCUACUGUCAUGAGCAUUGAGAAAAAAGGAAAACUUAAGGCGCUAGAACGCGACACAGGAAGAGUUGACAUUUUUUUUAUUAAAGAUGUUCAUUGUGUUCCUAGUUGUACAAUAGCCUCAGACUUCUUUGCAGAAUCUAUGAUUGAUACGUGGAUAGCAAUGUUCUCAGUGGUCCUUAACAAUCAAUUUUUCAAAACAGUAACAGGCGGAUCCGUCAAUGAAUCUCUUCUCUGCUAUCAAAAAGCAUUAUUAGCUGGCAUAAAAGUUGUUAGCGCUCUUCUUGAAAACCGAAACUUAUUACGAAAAAUUCUGUCUAAGCCAGCAGUUGGUGAUGUAAAAUCAAAAAGUCUUUUCCAACUUAUCCUGUCAAAAGCUGUGGAGCCUUCUCCUGUAAAACCAGAAUACUCUAAAAAAGAACUAGAAGACACUGCUAUAAAUUUGACACAAUAUCUAACAGCAGAUUCGCAGUCAUCUAGUGUACGGCAGUUCAAAUGGUCAAAAUAUUUUUCAAAAAGUACAUUAAAUUUACUAUUGGCUCAAUUAGCCGAUAUGGGCUUCAACAAACAGUGUGUCUUUAAUGCUAUAGAAGCACAUGGCUACACGUCACUCGAUACAUUAGUAUCGUUCUUGAUGGAAGGAAAAAAUGAAUGUCUGUCCGAUGUAACCGACACAUUGUCUUCUUAUGAAGAUUUUUCCGAUAGAGAUGAAUCGUCAUUCACUGAAGAAUGUACAGACCUCCCUGUUAGAAAUGAAAAAGUAGUAUUUAAAAAACGAAAUGAUUUCGACAGUGCUGAUAGUUAUGCAAAAUACAUACAAUUAGCUGUUGACGUCGGCAUGAUUGUACGUUGUUGUAGGGAAUACGAAAGUAUAAACGUAGGCUGCGAGGGUAAAGUACUAAAGGUUAUGAGAGAAGGAGGUCUACACGAUUUAAAUGUCAAGGUAAAGUGGAAAACUGUUGGUAUCGUCUAUUGGGUGAGAUAUAUUCACAUUGAACUGAUCGAUUAUGGUAUGUCGUCCAGCGAUUAUGCUUCAACAGAUAAUAACAAACUUCUGGAGAAACUGAAGUUGCCUAAAGACUGUGUUGAAGGCAAAAGUAUUCCAAUGUUUUCGAACCAUCCAAAUAAAGAUCAGAUAUCGGAUUUUAUUGCAAAAUGUACGACAUCUGCUGAUGAAAACAUGAUACCAAAUUUAUUUGAUUGGAAAUCGAACAACAAAUGGAUCAGUGAAAACCCUAAAGGAUUUCAUUGGAUACAUUUGGAAUUUCUACCUAACAUAGCUAUUCAUUCAUUAUUAAUGAAAUUAGAUGGCGAAAAUGACAAGUGUAAACCUUUGUCUAUAAUAGUCAAUGCUGGAGCUUCUUUUAGUGUCAUGGAAGAAAUAAAUAAUGUCAUAGUUUCUUCUUUGGAUGACACUGUAUCACUUUUGCACGAAAUAAAUAAGUGUCAUCAAUGUGUUGAAAUAGCAAUGCAUACUAAAAAUACAACGUGUGUGGUGAAUGGAUUGAAAAUUGAUGUAGUCUGUCAAGAAUCUGUAACUACGCCAGACAUAUUAGCUUCUCAAUUUGAUUCAGUACAAGAAUUUCCUCCAGAAUUAGAGUCUGAAAACAAAAUUAAAGUGGACUCUGAGUAUGCUGUAUAUGUUUGGGGCUUAAACGACAAAGGUCAACUCGGAGGCUUAAAUGGUUCUAAAGUAAAAAGGCCUACAUACAAUGAAGUAUUGACAUCUCUCAAACCGAUAGAAAUUAUCGGAGGAUCAAAAUCGUUAUUUGUUGUUUCGAAUGAGGGCAAGGUUUUUGUUUGUGGCGAUACUAGUGGUGGUCGUUUAGGUAUUCCAUUUUGUGGAAAAGUAAGUUUACCACGACAGAUACCCGGACUCAGCCAAUUCGUUAUUAAGACUGUAGCUGUACAUUCUGGAGGCAAACACGCAAUGGCAUUAUCUUUUGAUGGAAAAGUAUUAUCGUGGGGUGAUGGAGAAGACGGUAAACUUGGCCAUGGUGAUACAAACACAUUGGAUACCCCAAAAAUCAUUGAAGCCUUGCUCGCCAAAAGAAUAUUCUAUAUAGCUUGUGGAAGCGCCCAUAGUGCUGCGAUUACCUCUGAUGGAAAACUUUAUACUUGGGGUCAAGGCCAGUACGGUCGUUUAGGGCACGGCGAUGAGGUUUCUCAGUGUACACCAAAGCUAGUAAAAGAACUUGUUGGUAAAACGAUUGUUCAAGUGGCUUGUGGUAGCCGCGACGCUCAAACUCUUGCUUUGGACUACGACGGUAAUGUUUAUUCGUGGGGUGACGGUGACUUUGGAAAACUCGGAAGAGGUGGUAGCAAUGGCUGUUGUACACCACAACAGGUUUACAGGCUAAUUGGACACAAGGUCAUACAAAUAGAAUGUGGGGCCCAGUUUUCUGUUGCGUUAACUGCAUCCGGACAAGUAUGGACUUGGGGUAAAGGCGACUACUAUCGACUGGGAUUAGGAAAUGAUGAACAUGUCAGAAGACCAACACUUGUAAAUCAAUUGAAAUUAAUCACAAUCGAUCAUAUAGCAGUAGGAACAUUGCAUUGUAUUGCUGUGUCUACGCAAGGAGAAGUAUAUUGUUGGGGUGAUAACGACCAUGGUCAACAGGGUAAUGGUUCGACUAGUCCCAAUCAAAAGCCAAAAUUAGUUACUAAUUUCAGUAAUACGAAAAUAAAUCGUGUCGGUUGUGGGUCAUCGCAAUCAAUAGCAUGGAAAUGUCCAGAGUUACCUUUGUUGAUGUCCGAUGAACCUGUUCAAUUUGUACGGAUCAAAGAUGCUAUGGGUGCUGCGGCAUUAAGUCAAACUAUCGAGAGUAAAAUUAAAAAAGAAGAUGAACAAAUCAACUGUGACAAAUAUUCAUUAUCUAGGACUAUGCUGUUACUAGAUUCAGCCGCUGCUAAGCAAAACGCUUUACAACAUGUUUUAAACGCUUUACGGAUCACUUUGGCUCGAGAAAUCGUCCUAGCUUCUCUGAUGUCUCCUACCGAAAACAUUACAAACAUUAAAAUACAAGAAGAAACCACUCAGAUGGAUCAGGGGGGAGGUGAGGCGCCAGCUCCCAAUUUAGAAGACAGUCCUUUGCAUUUGAAUAAUGUAAUAACACCAGACAGUAUGGAAAGUUCAAUUCAAAUGACUUCAUCGCUCACCGGCUCGGCCAGUACGUUGUCUUCAAAAGCAACUAACACAAUGUCAAUUGUCGCAGCUACUAUUAAAACAAAAAAACAGUUGAUUGGUUUAAAUGAUACAUCACUACUAUCGUUGAAAACUAUUGAUGGUUUUUUGAGUACAUUAGACGAAAAAGACAUCAGGCUCUUAUUAGACUUAUCAAAACUAGCAUUUGUUCAUAGACUUGGUCCAAACGCUGACCGUGUCUUCAUUAAUACAUUUAUUGCUUUUAUACAUUCAAAUAUGCACAUACAGCUAUUGCUGGAGUACUGUAUGUCUGAAAUAGAAGCAAUUUACACACAUUGUUCAUUUCUUGUGUCUCCGCCUUCAAAACACAUGGUUCAAGAAAGUCCCCAUCCGUAUCAAGACGAUUCUUACCUUUCUGGAUAUGUGUCUAUACCAGGUGCAAUUGCUUUGUACAUAGAAUUCAGUCCUAAUUGUUCUACUGAAAAACUCAAAGACACUUUAACAUUGAUGGACGGAUCUGAAAAUGUGAUAAGCGUCAGAUCAGGCAGAGAUUCAGAAUGGGCCACUCCGUUAUUUAUUCAACGUAAUGAACUUCACUGGAAAUUUAUGAGUGACAAAUCUGUAAACGGUUGGGGUUGGCGUUUUGUCGUCUAUCCAAUUAUGCCUUUAACAAGGCAAAGUGGCACCGACCGAGAAGUUUUCUCCAGACCCUGUUUGCCGGUUGUUCGAAACCUGUUACAUGAAUGUUUAAGAAGACAAAACAACAAACAUCUCAACAAAAGACUUAUCGUUACAUUGAUGCUCUCAUUACAUUUAACUACAUUAACCCCCGAAGAAAGAACUUGGUGUGUCAAUAACUUAAGUGAAAUAUUCAAACGUAAUAAAGACUUGGCUCACGAACUUUAUAUUUUACCUUUUGGUGAAGGAGGAGUUGCUGACGUGUUAGUUCGCACUGAACGAUUGUUAAUGAAACAAUUUGAGUACGAAGAAACAGCAGUUUUAGCUGGCAAACAACUUUGUUAUUCCGAGUACCUCAAGUCAUUAGUGCACAUGAUGAAAUGGCUUAACAAUAGUUUACGCGGUUGGCAAUUUGAGGCAUCGUGGUUUGUCGAUUACUGUUAUGGUUGUGACGUAGCAAGCUCAUUGAUUAAUCACGAACAAAUGCCAGACGAGUUCAUCAGUCAAGUACAUAAGAAAAUCGAGUGUUUAGAUAAAAAUUACCAGAGAGACUCCAAACAUGAUUUUGUAAACAAUUCGGUUUUUACCAAAGAGCACGACGAACAAUUGCUUCAGUGGUUAAACAGUAAGCCCGACGACUGGAAUAUGACGUGGGGAGGGAACGGUCAAGUGGUGUAUGUUUGGGGUCACAACCAUAGGGGUCAGCUUGCGUGUAUGGAUUCAAGUCAAGUGAAAAAACCGUUAUCUUGUGAUGCGCUAUCCGUAUUGAAACCUGGCCAAGUAAUCGGCGGAGAACAAACAAUGUUUGCAGUGACAUCAUAUGGAAAAGUGUACGCUUCUGGCUACACAGAGAACGGGCGUCUUGGCAUAGGGCCUUAUAAUCCUAAAAAUCCAUACGUAGUUACUCCUCAACUUGUACCAGGUCUUAGCAAUAUUGUUAAAGUCGCUGUCAAUUCGGGCGGACGUCAUUGUUUAGCGUUGUCCUCUAACGGUGAAGUCUAUGCUUGGGGAGACGGAGACGAUGGUAAACUAGGAUUGGGAAAUAGAGUUACUCAUGUAAAACCUCAACUGGUGCAAGCGUUGAAUGACAAGUAUAUUGUUGACAUUGCCUGUGGAGGUUUUCAUUCUGCAGCGAUUUCUCGUUUUGGCCAUCUUUACACGUGGGGAAAAGGUCGUUAUGGUCGUCUAGGACAUGGCGAUUGUGAAGAUUAUUUAUAUCCAACACUGGUACAAAGUCUGAUUACGUAUCGAGUGUUAAAAGUGGCAUGUGGUAGUGGAGAUGCCCAAACAUUGUGUGUUACUUCGGACGAUAAUGUUUGGUCUUGGGGCGAUGGAGAUUACGGAAAACUUGGACACAACAUUUCUGAAUCGUGUAGAUUGCCAUGCAAAAUUGAAUCGCUUUCUGGCAAAGGAAUUAUUCAGAUAGACUGCGGUUCUCAAUUCUCUGUUGCGUUAUCAUCGAAUGGCACUUUGUAUACAUGGGGAAAAGGAGACUACUUUAGACUCGGUCACGGCACUAAUGACCAUGUACGAAAGCCAAAACCAGUUAGUGGACUACACGGGAAGAGAGUUGUACAUUUUGCAACAGGGUCUCUCCAUGUAUUAGCUCUGACCGAUGACGGAGAGGUGUACGCUUGGGGUGACAAUGAUGAAGGCCAGUUGGGUGAUGGAACGACACAUCCAAUCUCGAGACCCCGUCCAAUCGCUGCGCUUAAGGGUAAAAAAAUCCAACAAGUAAGUUGUGGCUCGGCUCAUUCAUUUGCGUGGGCUAACGAGGAAGCUUGUCAAACGGAAAGUUCCAUUCCAGCCGUUGUGCCAUUAGAAUAUGACUUGCUUCAAGAGUUUGACGUGACCGAGUUGAGAUAUCGUUUGUUACUUUUACAUCACUUUUCAAUGACAGUUAAUCAAACAAUUUUGUUGUUUUUGCCGAUAAGAGGAGAAAUCAGUCUGGACUCCAUACGGCCGUAUAUGGUGUAUCCAGUGAAAGAAAGCAUAUUUAAAAGGGUACUUCAGUUAUCAAUGGUGCGUGAGCAACGUCAUGGACCUGUGUUUGAGCUAAACAGAAUACGUACGAAGAAAAUGCGAAAAUCCACGUCUAAUGAUUAUUCUCAUACAGUUUUUGGCCAAAUGGUGAACAACAUGGACUUUUUAGAUGAUGACUCGUUGUUUUUAUACCAUAGGGUUUGGAAAGUUCAAUUUGUCGGUGAGAGUGUCGAUGAUUAUGGUGGUGGCUAUAGCGAGAGUAUUGCCGAAAUGUGUGAAGAACUACAAAACGGUUCUCUCCCAAUAUUAAUCGAAACACCGAACGGAAGAGAAGACACUGGUACGAGUCGAGAUUGUUUUGUGUUCAACCCAUCAGCUACAUCAAAACAACCAAUGAAAAUGUUUGAAUUUCUUGGUGUACUAAUUGGUAUCGCUAUACGUACUGGUAGUCCGUUGAGUCUUAACUUGGCAGAACCUAUGUGGAAGUUACUUUGUGGAAUGAAACUUUUACCUACAGAUCUCAUUGAAAUUGACAAAGACUAUGUCCCGGGACUAUUGUACGUUCGCGAUUUGGAAGGCGAAGAAGAAUUUACAAAUCUUGAUAUAUCGUUUUGUACCACAUCGUCGACGGGCAAGACCAUUGUUCUUAGUACUGAACACAAACAAGUUACGAAACACAAUAAGCACGAGUACAUACAGGCUUGUUUGAAUUUCAGAUUACAUGAAUUUGAUUUACAAGUCAAAGCCAUUCGCGAUGGCAUGGCUAGAGUAAUACCAGUGUCUUUAUUGUCUCUAUACACUAACAGUGAAUUAGAGUCUAUGGUAUGUGGAUCACCAGAGAUACCAAUUAACAUGUUACUCAGUAUUGUCACAUACAAAGGUGUAGAAGCUAGUGACAAACUGGUGCAGUGGUUUUGGGAAAUCUUAACUGAAUUCUCAACGCAUGAGCGUUCGUUGUUUCUGCGAUUCGUCUGGGGUCGUACUAGACUGCCAAGGACUAUUGAAGAUUUUCGUGGCAGAGAUUUUGUGUUACACGUAAUCGAUCGUUAUUCGCCUCCGGAUAAUUUCUUACCCGAAAGUUACACGUGUUUCUUCCUUCUGAAAAUACCUCGUUAUAGUAAUAAAGACAUAAUGAACGAAAAACUUAAGUAUGCCAUUCAUUUUUGCAAAUCAAUUGACACUGAUGACUAUGCCAGGAUCGCAUUACCCAGGAGCAUGGAUGGAUCUUCUGUUGAUUUCGACAGUUUGGCCAGCGAAGACGACCAAUGAUUAUGGUCUUUUAAAAUAUAUUUUUUAUAAUUUAUGUAUUUUAAUUGUCUCGUUUUUUAGGCUUCAUUACGUAAAUGAUCUCUUUGUGUUUAUAAUAGUAACAUUUAAUCCUUGAAAAUAAAUAAAUUCUCAAAUUCAGUGCUGACAUUUUUAUUAAUAAAAUAUGUAUUUUUGUCUUU